AUGACCCCAAUAACCAACGCCCCCAAUAACCACGACCCCAAAAAACCCCCACAAUCAAUAACCCCAAUCACCACGACCCCAAUAACCGACACCCCCAACAUCAGUGACCCCAAUAACCGACACCCCAAUAACCACGAACCCAAAAAGCACGACCCCAAUAACCGAUACCCCCAAUAUCGGUGCAGCCGCCCCGUAGGCCGAGGGUAUUUAAGGGGCUUUGGGAGCCCUGUUUUGGGGUUUUGGCCAGAAGCUGCCCUGCUUUCUGGUUCCAGCCCCACAGCUCGGUUAUGGGGGGAGCGGCGGGGGGCUCUGGGGCUGCUGCUGCCCACCCCCCCCCCCGAGGUGCUGGGUGCGGUGCUGAGCCGCCAGCGCGGCCCCCUGCCCCACGCGGCCCCCAUCGCCCGCCUGCGCCGCGACCCCGAUGGGGGCUACAGGGCCGUGGGGGACCCCGAGGGGGUCCUGGAACGGAGGAGGGUGGCCAAUGCCAAAGAGAGGGAGAGGAUCAGGAAUCUGAACAGCGGCUUCUCAGCCCUGAAGGCUUUGGUUCCUUUGAUGCCCCAGGAUCGCAAACCCAGCAAAGCCGACACCCUGCGGGCAGCCGCCGAAUACAUCCGCCUGCUGCGGGCUGUGCUGCGGGACGCGGGGGGGCUGCAGGACGGAGCGGGGGGCGGCAGUCAGGAAGUGACCCCGGGGGGGGGCGGUUGGCCCCCGUCUGCCCCCCAACCGCAGCCGUGGGGCUCCCAGCCCUGCGUGGGGCGGCUGCAGGCGACGCUUCCUGCACAUCCCUAAGAAAAUUAAUGAAGAUUUGGGGGGGGGGGGGGGAGGGGGGGGACCGGAGCGACGCUGAUGUCCCCAGCGCUGAUUUCGGUGCCCCCAAACCAGAAUUGAUUUCAACUCCCCCCCCCCGCAUUGAUGCUAUGGAGCU